CUGUACUGCCACUUUUGGACGGCGCGUCUCGUCAAGUGGCAGGCUUCUCAUACUUGAUACUACUUGCUACUUACAUCUUGCUAGCACACCUAAGAACUCCGAGAUUCGCUGCACCACAGGCGCGAGAUGUCUGGUACGACUGUUGCCCGCAAGCCAGCGGCACGUCUUCCCCGCCCUGCCGCUCGAUAUUGGAAAGGUAAAGCACCGAAAGGAAGAGGCGAUGUGCUCAUCCAGGAUAUCACUGGAGAAGAUGAGGAAGACGAGGGCCGCCUGGACGUAAGGCAAGCUCCGCAGAGGCUCAAGGCAGCGAAGGGGAUCAAUGUCGCGCUGCGGGACGUCAACAUCUCUAAGGAAGGGCAGGUCAUCGUUGCCGGAAAAGGGGAGUCGGGAAGAACACAGGUUGAGAUAGAGGAGGAAGAGGAAGAGGAGGAAGAGGAGGAGGUAAAGGCGGCGGAAGAGUCCAGCGAGUACGAAACAGGAUCCGAAGAGGAGUCUGAGGAGGAAAAGCCGAAGGUCCAGUUCCGACCUGUCUUCGUACCGAAACGGGCUCGUGUAACAGUGGCGGAGAAGGAAGCUAUGGCUGAAGAUACAGAGGAAGCUAUUCGAAAGAAGGAGGCAGAGGCAGAGGAGCGCAGGAAAGACAGCCACAAUAUGGUGGCCGAGAGCAUCCGGCGGGAGCUUCUAGAGAAGGAGAAGGAAGCUGAGGUCCCCGACGUUGAUGACACCGACGGACUCGACUCAGCCGGCGAGUUCGAGGCAUGGCGUCUCCGCGAGCUCGCGCGCAUCAAGCGGGACAAAGAGGCAGCACUAGCGCGUGAGCUCGAACGCGAAGAGAUCGAGCGUCGGAGAGCGUUGCCGGAGGAACAGAGGAUGAAGGAGGACAUGGAGCACGCGGAUAAGAGCAGGAAGGAGAAGCCGAAGGGGCAGCAGAAGUUCUUGCAGAAGUACUGGCACAAGGGCGCGUUCCAUCAGGAUGAUGAGGUUCUCGUAAAGCACGACUACACGGAGGCGACCGAGUCGACCAUGGACGUCUCGCUCCUCCCUAAGGUCAUGCAGGUGAAGAACUUUGGCAAGCGCAGCCGCACGAAGUACACGCACUUGCUGGACCAGGACACCACCGUCGCGUCGGGCGGCUUUGGUGGUUCCGCACCUGUCAAGGCGGGCGGGACGACCAUCGGCCCCGGGUCGGGCGCAGGCUGCUUCCUCUGCGGCGGGCCACACCUCAAGAAGGACUGUCCGCAGAACAAUAAUCUGCCGCCAAACAAGAUUGGCACCGGUGCUAACGCGAGCAUGGGUGGUGGUACGGCGGGCGGACGGCCAUGGGGCGCGAGAGGCGAUCGGGAUGGGGAGAAGGAGAAGGGCUCGUGGAGGGAACGUGACCGGAAUGUCGAUGAGGAUGGGCGGGAUAGGCGGAGAAGUCGUGAGAAGAGCGGGGAGCGGAAAACAGGGCAUGAGCGAGACAUGGGGGGAUCGAUGAGCGGAGACAGGGAUAGAGAUCGGUAUGACGGCCGAGACAGGGACAGGGACCGCAGACGGCAGCCAUACUCGAGGUCACGAUCUCCUGUGCGGAGAGAGGGAUGGCGAGCCAGGGAUGAGCCAAGACAGGAUCGGAGACGUCGCUCACGGUCGGUGGACGGGGAGCACGACGCUAAGCGGAGGAGAGUGGAUUGAGUCAUGCGAGUGUACAUUUUAUUUGCUGUAUCGUACUGUAGGUAUAAUGACAUCGACGAAGC